AUGAAUCUACAGGCACAUAUGUCAGGACAACUUUCAGGACAAGUCCCCAACCAGUCUGCUUCAUCCUUGACUGGGAUGUCUCAGCAGAAUGGAAAUUUGUCUGUCCAGAUGCAAAAUCCUGUUGCACAUCGCAACAUGCAGAAUGUGGAUAGCGAGUUUGUUAAAGCACGCGAAAUGAUCGCUGAAAGAAUAUUCGAGUAUCUUGUGCAACGUUUGCAGCAUGCUCACGAUAUGCCCCAUAAGAAAAUCCUUGAUUUAGUGAAACGCUUAGAAGAAGGAUUGUUCAAGAGUGCUGGCUCAAAGGAGGAAUAUUUGAAUCUUUCAACCCUGGAGAGUCGACUGCAUUUUUUUACCCAAAGGCUGCCCGGUAAUCCAAGCAAUCAAUUUUCACGUGUUAAUACUUCCUCUUCCAUUGGCACAAUGAUACCAACACCUGGCAUGCCGCAAAGUGGUAACUCAAACAUGAUGGGAAUGUCAUCCAUGGAUAAUGGUGGUAAUAUUGCUAAUCUAAGUUCUAAAAAUUUAUUGCCAACUGCCCAUGGACCCUCUUUGAGUGCUGGACAUGGUGGUUCUUACAGCUCAUCUGAUGGCAGUGCAGUCAAUGGAUACCAACAUUCGACUUCUAAUUUUGGUAUCAACUCAGGCGGAAAUAGUUUGGGAUCAUCCAUGGGUGCUCAAAGAAUGGCGAGCCAAAUGAUUCCAACUCCUGGAUUCAGUAGUACGGGGAGUGAUGCUAUGAACAAUAUUAACAACCAGGGUAGCAAUUCAUACAUGAAUAUGGAUUCAUCCAAUAAUGUUGGUGCAUUUUCAAAUGUUGAAUCCACAGUGGUACCCCAACCAAUGCCGCAGAAGCAGCAUGUUGGUGGUCAAAACAGUCGAAUCCUGCACAAUCUUGGAAGCCAUAUGGGUGGCGGAAUCAGGCCUGGCAUGCAGCAGAAGUCAUAUGGAUUAUCAAAUGGAGUCUUAAAUGGGGGACUCGGAAUGAUGUCUGGCAAUCAACAUGCCAUGAAUGGCUCUGGGACGUCAGAUGGUUUCACGGGAUCAUCUAUGUAUGGCAACUCUCAUAAGUCGUUGCAACAACCUUAUGAUUCAAAUCAACGUGCAUUGUUCCAUGGGGAUGGAUAUGGGAUUAACACAAGCGAUUCGUCAGGAUCUGGAAAUUUAUUUGUCACUUCAACGUCUUCUAUGCCUGUGAUGAGUAACCAAAAUUUGAAUGCAGUCACCUUGCAGUCUAUGCCCAAAACAAGUUCUCCGGUGAUUUCCAAUCAGUCGCACACACAUAUUUCUCAACAGGUGGCAAACAUGAAGGCUCAUUCUGUUGAUUCUAUGGAGAAGAACUUCCAACCGCAACAUUCUAUGCCAGAAAAUAUUGCCCGGUCUCAUCAACUCCAGCACUUCCAGCAACAGCCACAUCAAUUUCAACAGGCGCAGAUGGUCCCCCAUCAACGGCAGCAGAAGCUGCAAACUCACCAGCAGCACCUUUCAGCCAAGAAUGAUGCUUUUGGCCACUCUCAACUAUCCGCAGAUUUAGGCGUUUCAGUGAAGACUGAACCUGGCAAUGAAGGACAUCUGCAUUCUCAAAUGCGCGAACAGUUUCAGUAUUCAGAAAUGCCGAAUCAGUUUGGACAAAAUUCAUUGGAAGACCAGUCUAGAAGUGGAGAACUGCUUCCUUUUCCAUCAGGUCCACAAGACCAGUUUCCAUCCCUUGCUCAAAAUUCAGAACAAAUGCGGCAAUUAAUGCAUCAGAACCAGUUUGGCGCUGACUCUCAAAGUGAUUUUAUCUGCCUUCCUGGUGGGGUUCAGUCAGAUUCUGUUGCACAGGGUCAGUGGUAUACGGAGUCUCAUGAUCAGUCGCAAAAUAUAGGAGCCUUCCCACAUGAGCGAAGUGUUCAGGAGGAAUUUCGCCAGAGAAUAGCUGUACAAGAUGAAGCCCAGCAAAAUAAUCUGCCCUCAGAUGGGACUAUUAAUGCUCAGUCGGUUGCUCCCAUUAGAGUGGAUAAGAUUUCUAAUGUGGGUGGAGCUGCAUGCAGAUCGGUUGAUCUUACCCGUGAAAAGCAGUUCUGGAAUCAGGCUAGAUGGCUACUCUUUUUGCGGCAUGCUCGCCGUUGUCCUGAUCCAGUAGGUAAGUGUCCAGAUCCGAAUUGCAUGAAUGCCCAAGAGCUGUUGAGGCAUAUGGAAAAAUGUGAAUCUGUACAAUGUUCACACCCUCGUUGUUCUGUCACAAAGGGUUUAAUCAGCCAUUAUAAGAGGUGUAAGAGUGCUAGUUGCCCUGUUUGCAUUCCUGUGAAAAAAUUUUUACAAGCACAAUUCAAGGCACUUAGUCGUCCUCAUUUUGGUUCGGGUUUCCCUAGAGUAGUCAACGGAUCACUUAGACAAUCUGACACUGGAGAUCAUCCGGGUAGGCAAAUUUCGAAGACUAUAGUUGAAACUCCUCAAGACUUGCAACCAUCUAUCAAACGCAUGAAGAUUGAGCAAUCCUCCGUGUCUUUAGGUCAUGAAAUUGAAAGUGCUGUUGUGCCAGUCAGCACCAUGGAGACCCAAGUACUUCACAAUACUCAGCAAACUACAACUGUUGUUGAGACAACUCUUGCUAUGAAAUCAGAGAUGAUAGAAGUAAAGGCAGAACCUGCGAAUGUUGGACCGGGAAGUCCAAAAAGUAAUCUCAUGAAGAAGGAUAACAUGGAUGAUUCCUAUAUGAAAAGGCCUGAUACUGCUGAUCCACCUAUUAUUUCGAGCACUUCUGGUCUAGCAAAACAGGGUAGUGUUAAGAGUGAGAAAGAAACCAACCAAGCUAAAGAGGAAGUGAACUCGUCACUGCCUGCUGAUCACGCAGGUGCAUCCAAGUCUGGGAAACCCAAAAUUAAAGGUGUGUCAUUGACUGAGCUCUUCACUCCGGAACAAGUUAGAGAGCACAUUAAAGGUCUCAGACAGUGGGUUGGCCAGAGUAAAGCAAAAGCAGAAAAGAAUCAAGCAAUGGAGCAAUCCAUGAGCGAAAAUUCUUGUCAGCUGUGUGCUGUUGAGAAGCUAACUUUUGAACCACCACCUAUAUAUUGCACCCCUUGCAAUAGCCGAAUCAAACGAAAUGCAAUGUACUACACGAUUGGUACUGGUGAUACACGGCAUUACUUUUGUAUUCCAUGCUACAACAACGAGCCUCGCGGUGACACCAUCAUUGUUGAUGGUACAGCUAUCCCCAAAGCGAGGCUUGAGAAGAAGAAAAAUGACGAGGAGACUGAAGAAUGGUGGGUUCAAUGUGACAAGUGCGAGGCUUGGCAACAUCAGAUUUGUGCUUUGUUCAAUGGUAGAAGGAAUGACGGUGGACAAGCUGAGUACACUUGUCCAAAUUGCUACAUACAAGAGGUGGAAAGAGGUGAGCGAAAACCGUUGCCUCAAAGUGCUGUUCUUGGAGCAAAAGAUCUACCUAGAACCAUUCUCAGCGACCAGAUUGAGAUGCGGUUGGCAAGGCGGCUGAAGCAUGAAAGACAAGAGAGAGCAAAUGCUCAAGGAAAGAGCAUUGAUGAGGUUCCUGGAGCAGACGGACUUGUUGUAAGAGUAGUAUCUUCAGUGGACAAGAAGUUGGAUGUUAAGUCACGAUUUCUCGAAAUUUUCCAAGAGGACAACUAUCCAUUGGAAUUUCCGUAUAAAUCAAAGGUUUUACUCUUGUUUCAAAAGAUUGAAGGUGUUGAAGUAUGCUUAUUUGGUAUGUACGUACAAGAAUUUGGAGCAGAGUGUCAGCAGCCAAAUCAUCGACGUGUAUAUCUUUCGUAUCUCGAUUCUGUGAAGUACUUUAGGCCAGAGGUCAAAACAGUUACGGGGGAAGCUCUUCGAACAUUUGUCUACCAUGAAAUUCUGGUCUGCUAUUGCUUUGUUUGCUUGCAAUCUGCUUUUGCUUGUUUUAGAUUUUCGGUCACCAUAUUGACGACUUUGGUAUUCCCAAUUUUCACUCAGAUUGGAUACCUUGAAUACUGCAAAAAGCGGGGUUUUACUAGUUGUUACAUAUGGGCUUGUCCUCCACUGAAGGGCGAAGAUUAUAUUUUAUAUUGCCAUCCAGAAAUACAGAAGACACCUAAAUCUGACAAACUUAGGGAGUGGUACUUGGCGAUGUUGAGAAAAGCUGCAAAAGAGAAUAUUGUUGUGGAUCUCACUAAUUUAUAUGACCAUUUUUUCGUGUCCACCGGUGAAUGUAAAGCUAAGGUAACAGCUGCUCGGUUACCAUAUUUUGAUGGUGAUUAUUGGCCUGGAGCUGCCGAGGAUAUGCUCCUAGUACUGCAACAGGAGGAAGAUGGGAGGAAACAGCAUAAGAAGGGAACCAUAAAAAAGACAAUCACGAAAAGAGCAUUGAAAGCCUCUGGCCAGACUGAUCUUUCUGGCAAUGCAUCAAAGGACUUGUUAUUAAUGCAUAAACUGGGCGAGACUAUCAGUCCAAUGAAGGAGGAUUUUAUCAUGGUUCAUUUGCAACAUUGCUGUACUCAUUGUUGCAUAUUGAUGGUGUCUGGAAAGCGUUGGGUGUGCAAACAAUGCAAAAAUUUCCAGAUUUGUGACAGAUGUUACGAAGCUGAGCAAAAUCUGGAAGACAGAGAAAGACAUCCCAUCCAUCAGAAAGAUAAACAUUUACUUUAUCCGGUUGAGAUUAAUGAUGUGCCAGCUGAUACAAAAGACAGGGAUGAAAUUCUGGAAAGUGAGUUCUUUGACACGAGGCAGGCAUUCCUGAGUCUUUGUCAAGGAAAUCAUUAUCAGUAUGAUACCCUUCGUCGUGCUAAGCAUUCCUCAAUGAUGGUCCUCUACCAUCUUCACAAUCCGACUGCGCCAGCAUUUGUGACAACCUGCAAUUUGUGCUACCUUGACAUUGAAGCUGGUCAAGGCUGGCGCUGCGAGAUUUGUCCAGAAUAUGACAUAUGCAAUGCAUGUUACCAGAAAGGUGGAAUUGAACAUCCUCACAAAUUGACCAAUCAUCCAUCAACGGCCGAACGUGAUGCACAAAACAAAGAAGCUAGACAAAUGCGAGUUUUGCAGCUCCGGAAAAUGCUCGAUCUUCUUGUGCAUGCAUCUCAAUGUCGUUCUCCACAAUGCCAAUAUCCAAACUGCCGGAAGGUUAAAGGGCUUUUCCGGCAUGGAAUACAAUGCAAGACUCGUGCUUCUGGUGGCUGUGUUCUGUGUAAGAGAAUGUGGUAUCUCCUUCAACUUCAUGCCCGUGCAUGUAGGGAAUCUGAAUGCCAUGUUCCACGGUGCAGAGAUCUGAAGGAACAUUUAAAGAGGCUGCAACAGCAGUCGGAUUCCCGACGAAGAGCUGCUGUAAUGGAAAUGAUGAGGCAGCGUGCAGCCGAGGUUGCUGGCAAUUCUGGAUAG